CCGAGAGCACUUUGAAGAAGUGCUUUUGUUUGAAGCGUUUUCCGUCAUUGUCGUCCUGUCGACAACUAUACAAAAACCAAUCUCUCUUCCUUCCACAGUCAUCGAAUACAACGUCCAUGUCGAUAUACCAGUGAUAUAACAGCAAUGUUUCAGCUGCUGGUUUUAACGACGUUGGCGUUGGCCGCUGGGUGCUCUGGUCAAAUGUUGGAGGAGCUGAAGAAGCUAGAUAUCUCCCCCGAGAACAUAGAGGGUGUGGAGCAAUACACUGACCUAACCAUAGACGAAAUCAUCACACAGGCUCUAGGGGGGAUCGACCUAGCUGCUCAGAAGAUGAUCACCCCUGGAGGAAAUAUUUUGGCAGAACUGGAUAUGAACCUAACGGAGGAACAGUAUCAACUCUUCUACAGUGCUCCAGAAUAUGGUUCUUUAGAGAUGAUGCCAUAUUUUGAACAAAAGCGAAAGAAAAGGAAAGCAGUGAGGAGAACAGACCUACGAUGGACAGAUGGGGUCAUGCCUUAUACUUUUGCAAAUGGACACUUUACAACAAAGGAAUUGUACAUCAUGAAAACAGCAAUGAGAGAAUGGGAAAAGUAUACCUGCAUCAAAUUCCGGGAAAAAACGAGCAGCGAUGUCAAUUUUGUUCGCAUUCAGAAUGGGCACGGAUGCAAUUCACAACUUGGAAUGGUUGGAGGAGAACAAAUCCUAAAUCUAGAUAUCAAUGGAUGCCGAUGGAAAGGACUUUACCUGCACGAAAUUGGCCACGCCAUUGGUCUUGUUCACGAACACCAACUUCCAAACCGAGAUGACUACAUAGACAUCAUAUUUGCAAAUGUUGCUCCAAGCAUGCGCGUGUGGUUCCAGAAAUACAGGACCAGAGAAGUUAACCAAUAUGACGUCAACUACGAACUGACGUCUGUUAUGCAUUAUGGAACAACGGCUUUCUCUUCAGACGGGAGGUCUACGACUAUCCGCCCUAAGAAUAAAACCUCAACCGACAUAAUAGGCAAAGUGUGGAAAAAAGAGCUAGCCUUCAGUGACGUUAAAGCUGUCAACCGAAUGUAUGAGUGCGCAGCACAUUGUCCUAAAACCAUCAAGUGUAUUCGAGGAGGAUUCGUGGACCAGAACUGUAAGUGCAUAUGUCCUGAUGGAUCGGAUGAGUGUACAGCACCGAAUCCCGGAGAAACCCUAAAGACGAACAGACCCAGUGACUGCAUCAAUACCUAUAACGACUGGCAGUGCCAUGUGUGGGCCACUCAAGGCGAAUGUGACAUUAAUCCGGACUUUAUGAAGGUGUCCUGUAAGAGGGCGUGUCGAGUCUGUGGGCACGAAGAGGAGGAAGCUGGGGAAAACCACGUGGCAGCAUGGUCCUGGCAAUGGUUUGGAUUGUUUGCUAACUUAUUUCCAGGGGAUUGGGCUAUGAGUGACUGUGUUGAUCACUUCAAGAAUGAUAAAUGUCAGGAAUGGGCCAAAAACGGUGAUUGUAUUACAAAUGCCAACUGGAUGGGUAGAUUCUGUAAGAAGUCCUGCGGCAAAUGUAACUCUGGGCCGAAGGAAACGCCAUCGAAGAAUUGCGUCAACAUUGAAGGAGACAAAAGUUGUAACAAGUGGGCGAUGAAGGGAGAGUGUAUCACAAAGAAAACGUGGAUGCAUAAGAACUGUAGAAAAGCAUGUCAGUUGUGUGAGGCAGCAGAUGAAACAGAUGAUGAUGAUGAUGUUGAUGAUAAUGGCACCGAAAACAUACCCAGAAACAGGGACGAUGACGAAGAUGUCGUAAUUGGAUGCCGUGAUAAACACAAUUCACAAGAGUGUGCAGGCUGGGCAAAACGCGAUGAAUGCAGAAGAAAUCCAAAAUGGAUGAUUCCAAAUUGUAGAGAAUCUUGUGGCAGAUGCAAAGAUGGUGGCUGUAAAAAUUUGUAUGACGACAAAAAAUGUAAAUAUUGGGCAAAAGAGAGAGAAUGUUUUAAAAAUCCUUCAUGGAUGAGAAAGAAUUGCGCUGAAUCAUGUAACAGCUGUGAAGAACUUGAUGGGUCACAUGACACCAACAACAACGAUGACGAGAACACAAGAAAUAAUGACUUUGAUCAGACACAUGAAGAUGACAUAGAAGUUCAUGUGAACGAUGGUGCGGCGACGACGAGAAGACCAAGACAAAAAUACGAAGAAGAUGAUGAAGAUGACAAUUCAGAUCCAAACUGCAGUAAUAAGCACAACGACAGAGAUUGUGCAACGUGGGCAAAAUAUGGUCACUGUGAAAUAAACCCAUCUUAUAUGUCUAAGAUGUGCCAGAAAGCCUGCAACAAGUGCGAGGAAGGAACCAGAGAGGACACGAAUGAGAGGGCGAGGGACCCUGUAGUAGUAGAUGAUAAAGAACAGCGUGACGAGUCGUACGAUGCUUCAACAACGACUGAGAAUACACCAAAACAAUCUGCAUGUGAGGACUUCAACGAGAGUUGUCCUUCCUGGGCUAAAACUGGAGUGUGUAACACAAACCCAGUGUACGCUCUGGUACAAUGUAGAAAGUCUUGUAACAACUGCAAGGAAGUUUGCACAGACCAGCAUACACUCUGCACACUCUGGGCUAAAAGCAACCACUGCAAUUCCAACGCCGCUUAUAUGUUGCGCUACUGCCACAAGUCAUGCAAAGUAUGUUAAAAAGCAUUUAAACUGACGAUAUAUUGUUUUCUUUUUAAUAUCUUUAUAUUGUUUUCUUUCUAAUAUUUUUUUAUUCAAAUGAAAGAAUGGUAAAUAUUGCAAGUAUUUGCUUAAUAUAACAAAGUAUGUUUUGUAACUUUAAGAUUUAUGGAUUGAAUCUAUUGGUUAACUUUUAAAAUUUGUAUAUUUUCAAACAAUUCUUUAUAUGUUUAUUCAUUUGAAUAUAAUAUUGAAGCUUUUUUUCCUUAUAAUAUGAUAGCAUCAAUUACUUAAUGAAAGAGAUUUUGUAAAUAUAAAUAAUAAUUAUGUUUUUGACUAUUUUGUAUUUUCAAUAAAGAAUUUUAUCUUUA